GCGUUUGUGCUUCUAUGCGUCCAUACAUCAGUAGAUGAGCGUAUAUUAUGUAUGGUAUAUUACGUAUUUUACUAAUAUCUGACAAACGCAGACAAAUAGACGUGUGAACAGUGAAAACAUACCUUGGAUUAGAGUGGGUUAAACAUAAAUGUUGAAUCUUAACCUGCAAAAACUUGAUCACUAUUAUUUGCUACCUUUUUAUAUUAAUUUCAAUUAAUUCUGAUGUCUGAUUUUGGUAUUUCUCAUAUGUAUAAUUACUUUUUUUAUGGUUUCAAAAUAUGAUGGUACAUUACAGAAUAUAUGUUUGUUUGUUGCAUUAUCCUAUUCUGAGGAUUUGGAAUAAUAGAGCAAAUAAUAUGUGAUGUUAAAUAUGCUUCUUUGAGAAUACUGGUUUUUCCUGUCUAAAGAGUAGUUAAGAAAAAUAGUAAACAAUAAGAAGUUCUUAAUAAGAACGAUAAUUACAGAUGUAAGAAUGUACAGAAGUGCUAAGUAUAAUCGAUAAAUUAAAAUGAAGUUGUCAACAAUAUUGAGUUAAUAUCUUCAAGCAUGUCAAAAUAAAAAUAAAAGGGAACCCAGAUGUUUACUUAUUUUGUGUGAGAAGUGAAUUAUUUGUAUGUAAGAACUGUCAUUUGCAUUGAUUUCAAAUCAAAACAUUUCUCAUAUGAAGCUUAAACGACAAAGUUUUCCUAAGUAAAUCAUUUAUGCAUUGUUUUAUAAAAUAUGGUUGGUUAACAAUAUUGACAGAAAGAAAAAAUAAAUAGAAUCUUUUUAACUAAGAUUUGAGAGUAUCGCAAAAGUUUUGAUACUUAAUUGACAAUGUCUCUACAUUGCAACAUAUGUUUGUUGAACUUUCAAGAUAAUAAUGCCUUUCAAGGCCACCUUGGAGGUAAGAAACAUUUUAAGAAAGUUCAACAGGCCGAAAUCAUUGAAAGGUCAAUAGUAGUAUCACCGUUACCAAAAUGGAUCCAAGGCCGUCAGUUUAUUAAUUUUUUCCAAAGACAUGGCAAAAUCAAACAGCAUAAAAUCGGUCCAGAUUACCUUAUCAUAGAAUUUUGUGACAGUAAAUCUGCGGAAGCUCUAUUAAAGACACCUGUUUGGCUACACAACAAAAAAUUGAAUAUAAAAAGAAGAACACCGCAAGAUGAUCAAAGGGAGCCAAAGUCAACAAAGCAAAAUAGCCCCAUAGAAACCGAAGGCCAAAUAAGUUACAAUAACAUAAAACAAAUAUUCAAAAGUAAGACCACGUUCGAUAAUCAGUUAGCAGUAUUUCUGAAUACGAUACAACUUACCGAUGAAGAAAUCGAAGAAAGAUACGAUCCCAUUUGUACGAAACUGAACAUGAUGUUUAAAGUAGUAUUUCCAAGAUGUACUACAUACAAAUUUGGUUCGACUCAGACAGGACUAAGUUUCAAAAACUGUGAUUUAGAUAUAUACGUAGAUAUUGGUGAGCCAAUAUAUGAAGCUGAACAUGAAUUGCGAGAUGUAUGGACUAUGUCGAAAAUCUUUAGGGUAGUGAAGAAAAUGUUGUACCGAAAGAAUUACGUUUUCUCUAAUAUAGUAUUAAUUCCAAGAGCCAAAACACCUAUCAUAAAAUUUUGUUACGUUAAAACAGACGUUUCUUGUGAUAUUUCAUUUAAAAACAUGUUAGGUAUAUAUAAAACUUACUUGAUAAAGCAUUGCAUUUCUCUGGAUAGCAGACUGAAGCCGUUAAUGAUGCUUAUCAAAUACUGGGCGAGACAUUUUAAAAUAUCUGGCACAGGAAGAAUAUCAAAUUUCGCUUUAGUUUUGAUAAUUAUCUUUUAUCUGCAGCAGCCGUCCGUUAACAUUAUUCCUCCUCUAAUGAAACUCCAAGAGACUUGUAAUCCACAAGUUAUAAAUGGUUGGCAAGCUAAUUUUGAUGAAAAUGCAACCUUGCCUCCGAUUACUAAUAAGAACAGCAUUCCACAACUCCUUCAUGGUUUCUUUCUUUUCUAUGCAUCUUUUACGUUCAAAUCGCAAGUGAUUUGCACAUUGGAUGGAAUGACACGUGCAGAAUCGGAAUUUGAGAAUUUCGAAAGUCUGCCAGAGUAUAUGCAUAGGUAUAAAGAAUAUGCCAGACACCCUGACAAUAUUAAAUUAAAUACCAAUAGACCUAUAUGCGUCCAAGAUCCUAUAGAACUUAGUCAUAAUAUCACAGCGUGCACACCAUACCUUCUGUUGGGCACUUUUACGAGGUACUGUGCUAUUGGCUCUGAGAUCUGUGCAACAACUAGCAAAGAUGGGUACAGAGAUUUGCUGGACACCUUGUUUGGUACGGUGCUACCAAAGAAACCUCCUAAAAAUAAAUUUAUAAUUACGAUCUCUGCGAAUCGUUUUCAGCAGGUCAAUAAAUCGAAUGAUAGCAAAACAAAUGCUGCUGAGAAUUCGAAAUUUACUCAAAGGGACUGGUAUUUUAUUGUUUUUAAUAUAGUAAAAGAUAUUUUUGAGAAGGUUUUUAAAUUACAAGUGGAAGUUCUCACCGCUGAUGUUGAAGCGAAGCAACAGAAAAUCGAAAUGUUAUCGGAUGUGCAUACAGGGAAAUAUGAGAAACUUGUACUCCAUUGUAUCGGUUCUCACUGUGUAUGGCGUAAUAGAAAAAUUAUCAGUGUUGUUUUCGAUACUAGCUUGAGUUCUCUGGAAAAGGAAACUCUUAUAUCGGAGAAAGUUAUAGAAAACUGUGGUAAAACAAGCGAGACGAAUGGUAUAAAGUUAGAUUUUAUAUGCACAUUCGAAAAGAAAACAGAUCUGCAAAAGGUUUUUUUGACUAUAAAUAUUAAAGAUUGCGAUGAUAAUGUUUUUCAAGAAUUCACAUGUUUUGCUAAAAAUAAGCUACCUGAGAUAGUAGAACGAACAUUGAUACACAUGCAACAAUUCGAUAAAUGGUACUAAAUAAGUGCAUAAUAUGUCCAGAUAUAUAAAUACACGACUAUGGACCAAAGGUGUGUAACUAUUGGAAAUCAUUAGGAAUUACAUCUUUAUCACUGAUGUAGUAUAAUUUCUUUAUACAGAUGUUACAAUAGUUUUUCUUUUCAUUUUAAUUAAAUCGAUAUUGCAUUAUUGUGUGUAAAUAAACUUAUAUAUUUAUUCUAA